AACGGCGCUUUCCCCCCCAUUUUUUUCCAAGAGACAACUGGAUUUUCUUGUUGUUCUUUGAAGACGCUUCUUCAGGUCUGACUGGUGGGGAAGUUGUUAGAGCUGGUAGCUGUUAAGAGCUACAAUACUUCGCAUACCAAAAAUUCGAUCUCUUUCCUGCCAUCUAGCGAUAGACCCGAUUUUUGCAAUCCAGAUACGGAAACCUUAAAUGACGACCAGGGGAAAUUUGAAAGACCCUAGAGAUUGAAAGAGAGUAAAACCUCUUUCCCCGCAGUUCAAGGCGCCCAAUGAACUCCUUCGGUCCCGCUUUUUAUUUCUCGUUAGCCACGUGCUGGCCUCAGAACACAAGAACGGCGGCACAGGAUUGGCCCAUUCUUCCUUUAAAAAAGGCAACCCGCCCCUUCUUUACCCGCCGAUUUCCCCGCAGGCGUGGUGCGAAAUGGCGAGCUGCAGGGGCUCGCGCAACGCCUAUUAUUUCUUCGUGCUGGAGAAGCUGCCCGAACUGAAGCGGCAGGGCCUGGGUGUGACCAGCGUCGCUAACGCCAUCCCGUAUUGCUCCGAUGCCUGGGCGCUACUUAAUGAACAGCAAAAAGAAAAGUAUGCAGAAAUGGCUCGUCAGUGGAAAGCUACCAAGUCAGAAGUAGUAGCAGAAAAGCCACGUAGAGAAGUCCCAGUACCGUUUCCUACUCAAAGUCAGGAUAUGAUUCCUGUUCCAAAUCUUACAAGCACACUUACGUAUGAACAAGUUGUGUUCAAAACUUCAUUCUACUUUCUGAAUAUCUUCAGUCAUGGAAUGUUGCCCUCUCACUGCAAUCAGCGUUUCCUCCCUUGUGAAAUUGGGUGUAUCGAAUAUUCACUUAAUGAUGGCAUAAUUGCAGAAUUUCAUCAUUUUAUAAAUCCUGGAGAAGUACCACGGGGAUUUCGGUUUCAUUGCCAGGCUGCAGGUGAUGCUACCCAUAAAAUUCCCAUAUCUGGUUUUGAUAUUGCAACUGCAAGUUACUCAGUUGUGUUGCAUGACCUAUAUGAGUUCAUCAAACCACAAAGGGGCAACUGGUCAACUGUAUAUUGUAAGUCUGAUGAUCACUUCAGAGUUAACUGGUGCCUAAAAUAUAUGGCUAAAGAAACAGGCAGUGUCAGUCAUCUAAAGCUUUUAAAUGUGGAGGAUCUUGUUGUGGAGCUGUAUUAUAAAAAACUUCAAAAAGAACCUUCUAAAACUUGGGUGUGUAAUACGCUGGAUGCUUCCAUGUGGGAUUACUCAGGAAAUACUAGGUGUCAGUGGCAUGAAAAAAAUGAUAUUGUAUUCUGUGCUCUUGCUACAUGCAAGAAAAUUGCAUACUGCAUCAGUAAUUCUCUAGCAAAUAUGUAUGAAAUCCAAUUAACUGCAUCUCAUUUACCAUUAACUGAGAAGAACUGCAAGAGCACAACAAAUCCUAAGAUGAUAGUGCUGGAUGCUGGACGCUUCCAGAAAGGGAAAGUCGAAAGCACUGUAAAUGAUAAUUAUUUCAGAUCUCUUAAUAAGGAUCAUGGUCCCACACCUUGUAGUGGUGAAAUUCCCUCAGGAGUGAAAAUGAUGCAUACACCCAUCCCUAGAAGUGGAAGAGGAAUCGCACAAUUUUUGGAAAGCACCUUCAAGUAGUCCAAUUCAAUGCUUCUGUGGCUUAUUAAUGAAGAUUUAUGAGAAUUUAUGCCGUUUGGAAUGCACUGUUAUGGAUGAAAGUUAAUAAAUCAUGAACUGAAAGUGUUAACAGCCCAGCAGAUUGAAUUUAAAACUGGUAGGUCAUCUGAAACGGCUUGAAUUAAGGAGUUUCUACAGCGUGGGUUGACCGAGCCGGCAGACAAGAUAAGUUGGAAUAAAUUGCUGUGUUUUGUUUUUCCAAAAUUAACUAUCUUGUUCUGUGUUAAAAAAAAUUUUUCUAAUGCUGAGGCUAAGGAGUGAAUAUUAAGGACUGAAUUUGAUAAUGAGAAGAAUUUUUUUUUUUUUUUGAGCCUUCCGGAAGUUCAGCCAAGAAGAAUUAAAUUGAAGAGAAGAGAAACUGACUUUUUAUUGGAUUGUUUGGCAGUAAGAGGAUUUUACUGAGCUAAUUUUUUCUUUAUUUUUUUUUUCUCUUGAGAGCAAAUUAAUAGCUUGUUUAUAUUACAGGAAAAAAAAAAAGGAUUUUGCUUCGUUUAAGUUGGUUUGUCUUCCUUUCUGCUUUGCUGACGUGGAGGAAAAAUGGCGCUGAUUAAUGUUAGCUGUGAAGUUUUGUGUUUCUUUGUGGAGUAUCCUUGAACUUGAGAGAUAACAGUGCAAAUAAGCCGCUUCGCUUCAAUUAAAAGACAGUCGUCCUUUGAUCUUCACUAAGACCCUCUGUAAAAUUGGUUUGGAAUCCUAGUUUGGGAAAUUUUUUGGUUUUUUUCAAAAUGACUCAACAACUUUCAGAAACGCAGCAACUUGCUGCAGCUUUAAAUAAAAUUGGGGAAAAAAUAGCAGGACUAUCAGAGCGUAUAGAUAAUUUGACAUUGAAACUGACAUCUGAAAUGCAGAAUUUAAAGCAAGAGAUGAAUGAAAACUUUGCAAAACAAAAAGAGGAAAUGAUAAUGAUUAAAGAUGAAAUGGAGCAGAUGCAUGUGCAUGAGGUAAAAGUAGAUCGGCAAAUUGGUAAA